AUGUGGAUAUGCAGGUGGAGGGCACAGGGAGGCAAGUCCAAGGCCUACUUUGGCCGCACCUUGGAUGAGCGUUAUGUCAUCAAGAGCAUCUCUGCCACAGAGCGGGACUCGUUCCUCAGGCACCUGGCACCAAACUACCUGAAAUACAUCGACGAUGCCAUUGAUGCCGGCCGGGAUAUUUGUCUUGCCAAGAUACUGGGCAUGUUUCAGGUGUCCCUGAAGUCACGGAUCCAAGAUUGGGAGCACACGGUGAUCAUCAUGGAGAACGUAUUCUAUGACCGCACCUGCAUACGCAAGUACAAUCUCAAAGGCUCGAAGCGAGGGCGGAUCAACCCUGAUGCUGAGAGGCGCUAUGCCAGGGGCGAGGAGGCCAUCUUUCUCGACAACGACCUCCGGCACCACAACAAGCAAGCGCCCCCCCUGCUCGUCGACCAACACAACCUCAAUUGCCUGCAAGACGCACUGAACCGCGACACCAAGUUCCUCGCCGACCUGGGCAUCAUGGACUACUCCCUCAUCCUGGGCCUGGACAAGGAGCGCACAGAGAUCGUGGUGGGCAUCAUCAACUUUGCGCGGGAGUACACGCUUGACAAGAGGUUCGAGACGCUGAUAAAGUCGAGUGGCAUACUGGGGGGAUGGGGCAGCGAGCCGACCAUCAUCAGUCCAAAUGCCUACCGCACUCGAUUCGUCGAGGAAAUUCUGCAAUAUUUCACAGUGGUGCCGACGCAUGACGACUGGGCGGCUGGGACGCUGGGGCGGGGCGCUGAGGCAGCGGUGCGCGGCAGUUCCUGA